CUCGCGUUCCCCUGACGUCACUGGAGGACGAAGCAGCCGCCGCCAUAUCGGAUGCCGCAGAUUCGCCAUAACCGUUGCCUGCUGGCCUAUCCGCCGCCAUUUAAUAAUAUUUUUUUCUCCUACAUAUAUAUAUAUGUAUAUUCGGUUUUUUAAAAAGGGUCUUCGCCUCUCACAGAGGUAUCUUGAAGCGGAAGAAGGGGGGACGGGCUCUUUCUUCAAAAGGACGAAACUGCUUAUUCCCCGCCCCACCUCCGUAUUUUUUAUAAUUUUUAAUAGGAAGCAAAAAAUUGUUCCCAUUCCCCCGACCAUCUGCGCACCCAACAACACCCCCCGCCUCCCAAUUCGGCUAUGGAAGUUCCCUCAGCAGCAGGGAACAGGUCCAUCUUCAUGUGCAAGCUCUGCAACUUAUUUUCCCCAAGUCAGUUGGAGCUGCUGUCUCAUGUCUCCGAGAAGCAUACAGAGGAAGGGAUUAAGGUGGAUGACAUCAUCAUUCCGCUCCGGCCUCUCACGACGCCGGCAAAUCUAAACAAAAGUGGAGAAGGUACCCGCGGAGAGCUGCUUGUAGUGAAGAGGAAACGAGGCCGGCCGAAAGGCUCAACCAAGAAGUUCUAUGCCGAUGAAGAACUGGCAGAAAGCAAUAACUGCAUUCCAAGCGAGGAUGUUCAGCCGGGACCAGAGGAAGGAGGGGAGCUGGCAGAAGUUCUCCCCGACAACUUGGAAUGCCGGAAGUGUGGCCGGAAAUUCUCUAAUUCUCGACAGCUGAGGAAACACAUCUGCAUUAUUGUUAAACAAGAAGACGCGGAUGACGAGGGUGAGACAGGUAAUGAUUCUGACGUUGACCUUGACAGGAGGGAAGAUGAGCGGGAAAAAGCACCCAAGAGGCAGCGGCCACAGAGAAACGAAAAGAGCCUUUCCGCAAAGGAAGCAGACCAGGUCUCAGGAGCCAAAAAUCCUAUUAUAAGUGUGGUUUUGACAGCCCACGAAGCUAUUCCAGGAGCUACAAAAAUAGUUCCAGUUGAAGCUGCUUCUCCAGAAACUGAGCCAGCGACUAAUCCAGAGACAACUGCACCAGACUCUUCCCAGCGACGAGGGUAUCAGGAAUAUGCCAUCCAGCAAACUCCUUAUGAACAACCAAUGAAAUCAAGCAGGUUAGGGGCAACUCAGUUAAAAAUAUUUACCUGUGAAUACUGCAACAAGGUGUUCAAAUUUAAGCACUCCCUUCAAGCCCACUUGAGGAUUCACACCAACGAGAAGCCCUACAAGUGCUCCUUCUGCAACUACGCCAGCGCCAUCAAAGCCAACCUGAACGUCCACCUGCGGAAGCACACGGGGGAGAAGUUUGCGUGUGGGGACUGCCCUUUCACCUGCUUGAGCAAAGGUCACCUGAAGGUCCACGUGGAGAGGGUCCACAAGAAGAUCAAGCAGCACUGCCGUUUCUGCAAGAAGAAGUACUCGGACGUCAAGAACCUGAUCAAGCAUAUCAAAGAGGCGCAUGACUUGCAAGACAAGAAAGUGAAGGAUGUGUGUGACGAGCUCCGAUUGAUGACCCGGGAAGGCAAGAGGCAGCUGCUGUACGACUGUCACAUCUGCGAGCGCAAGUUCAAGAACGAGCUAGAUCGCGACAGGCACAUGCUGGUCCACGGGGACGAGAGGCCUUUUGCGUGUGAGCUGUGCGGCCAUGGGGCCACCAGAUACCAGGCACUUGAGCUCCAUGUCCAGAAGCACCCGUUUGUAUAUGUUUGCUCUGAAUGCCUGAAGAAAUUCGUCAGCUCGAUCAGGCUCCGUUCGCACAUCAAAGAAGUGCACGGGGACUUGCCAGAGACUUCUGUGUUUAACAGUUCCAUCAAUCAGAGCUUUUGCUUGCUGGAACCGGGAGGGGAUAUCCAGCAGGAAGCACUUGGAGAACAGUUGUCGCAGACGGCAGCUGAACUCUCGCUCUUAAACUCCAAGGCACUUUGUGUGCUGAAGAAACCCGUUUGCCCAGAAGAAUUGAAUGUCCCAGAGGAAAGCCCUAAUGAAAACCCUGCUGAAAACCUGGAAGUGUCUACAACCUCUCUUUUAGAAUUUGAAAGUCCUUUUGUUGACAGUGUAACGGAUCCACCAUGCCAGCCAUCAGCAGAACUUGUCACCCCUGAUGCAUGCUCACCUAGUACUUCAGAUAGCAUUCUGCUGAAAAAUGCUCCUCCUAGUUCAGAGGGGGGGAAGUGUCCUCCUGAGAAGGAAGUGGAAGUCUCUUGCGACCCUCCAGUCAAUGAACAAUGUGGAGGCCUUCAGCCUCCGGGGGACAGUAACUCCAAUCUAAAUCAGAGCCUGCAAGAUCCCCAGUGCACUUCUGAUCUUGAAGAGAAGGGCCAGACCAUCUGUCCUGAGGAGCAGGAAGUGGAUGUAUCGACAGUUGAAAAGGCAAGCUCCUCAACCCCACUCUCCCUUCUCAGCCCCAGUGCAGCCAUUGGUGAGAGUUCAGAUUCUUGCUCUUUGCCUGCGGAUAAUCGGACAGGAGCUGCAGCCUUUAUGCAGAUUUUGAACGGUUUGCAGAAAAGACAAAUGAACACAGCCUUGUGUGAGAAGAUCAGGAAAGUGUAUGGCGACUUGGAGUGCGAAUACUGUGGCAAGUUGUUUUGGUACCAGGUGCAUUACGACAUGCAUGUCCGCACUCAUACACGGGAGCAUCUCUUCUACUGCUCCCAGUGCAGCUAUUCCUCCAUCACCAAAAACUGCCUCAAACGACAUGUCAUCCAGAAGCACAGCAACAUUCUGCUGAAAUGUCCCACAGAAGACUGCGAUUAUUCUACCCCGGACAAGUACAAGCUUCAGGCACACCUGAAGGUGCACACUGAGCUGGACAAAAAGAAUUAUUCUUGUCCUGUGUGUGAGAAAUCAUUUUCUGAAGACCGACUUAUAAAAUCACACAUAAAGACAAACCACCCAGAAGUUUCUAUGAACACCAUCUCCGAGAUUUUUGGCAGGAGGGUUCAACUAAAAGGCCUGAUAGGGAAGCGAGCUGUGAAAUGCCCUUACUGCAAUUUCUACUUCAUGAAGAAUGGGUCGGACCUUCAGCGUCAUAUUUGGGCGCACGAAGGCAUCAAGCCAUUCAAAUGUUCUCUGUGCGAAUAUGCCACUCGCAGCAAGAGCAACCUGAAAGCUCACAUGAACCGCCACAGCACAGAGAAGACUCACCUGUGCGAUAUGUGCGGGAAGAAGUUCAAAUCUAAAGGAACCCUGAAGACCCACAAACUUCUUCACACUGCUGAUGGAAAACAGUUCAAGUGUACUGUAUGUGAUUAUACUGCUGCCCAAAAGCCACAGCUCCUACGUCAUAUGGAACAGCAUGCUUCAUUCAAGCCUUUCCGGUGCGCGCACUGCCAUUAUUCCUGCAAUAUAUCUGGUUCCCUAAAGAGGCAUUACAACAGGAAGCAUCCUAAUGAGGAAUAUGUUAAUGCAGGUUCUGGAGAACUUGCUGCUGAAGCCCUUCUGCAACAAGGUGGUAUGAAGUGUCCAGUUUGCAAGUUUGUGUACGGUACGAAAUGGGAAUUCAACAGACACUUCAAAAACAAGCAUGGACUCAAAUUAGUGGAGCAGGAUGGGGAGACAAAGUGGGAGACAACAACAGAAGUUUCUGAAGAAACUUCUGCUCAGUAUCUCCAUAUCGCAGACACUGAAGAUGUGCAAGGAACACAGGCUGCUGUCGCUGCUCUGCAGGACCUACGAUAUACCUCAGAUAACGGAGGGCGCCUUGACCCCACCACGGCUGUGAACAUUCUGCAGCAAAUCAUUGAGUUGGGCUCAGAGCCUCACGACGCAGCUGCCGUCGCCUCUGUGGUUGCCAUGACCCCGGGAACGGUUACCGUCGUGAAGCAGGUGACUGAAGAAGAGCAGUCGGCCAACCACACCGUAAUGAUCCAGGAGACCUUGCAGCAGGCUUCGAUCGAGUUGGCGGAGCAGCACCAUCUGGUUGUCUCCUCCAAUGAGGUAGAAGGGAUUGGGACAGUGACAGUCUACACUCAAGGUGGGGAAGCCUCCGAACUCAUUGUCUAUGUCCAAGAAGCCAUGCAGCCUGUGGAGGAGCAGGCAGAGGAGCUGGAACAACCUGCACAGAAAAUCUAGAUAAAAUUCCCAAAGGAGGAUUUGGCAGCUGCGUCUGUGGUAGCUGUCGACUGGGCUGGUGGCUCUUUACCAGAAAAUGUUCUGAUAUCUACUAUGCCGAAACAACUUCCUUUUUAAAAUGUACUCCUCUGAAGACACUCCCCACUUCUUAUAAGGAAUUCCUGAAGUCACGGCCUUCAGCUCUGCAGAGAUGUGGAUGGUUAUAACCACUUCCUUCAGGGAUGAAUAAAGACCUUGGUGUGUGGAUAAGAAGCGAACCCCAAAACCAAGACUGGUGGUCAUGAUCUUGGACAGCACUUGAGGAUGCUGUGUGUCUUUUGUGCACUUUAAGAAGGCUAAAAACCCUUUUAAUGUCUGUCUGGAAAGUUCAAAUGUGAGGCUUAGUGAGGGGAUGGAGGCAAAAAAGCAGGCUGUGUGGCAGAGCUGUUGACGAGAACAGGCCUCCCUUUUGGAAUCAGUUUGGAGGUGACUGCCUAGUAGUCUGAAAAGGCAGUUAUCUGAAUUGGCCCUUGACCCAUCCAGGGUUGGCUGUUCUUCAUUGCUUCUUUCUGCAUGGUUCCCCCACCCCCCUUUCCCAUUCACAGUGUUCAGCAUUUUAACUUUUUCAGGGGGACUUGCGUUUUAUUUGUCACAGUGAAUUGUCAACAAUGAUUACCCGAAGAUCAUGUACCCUUUGAAUUUCAAACCCAGGACUCUGAAUCGGCAAGUGCCUUCCCAGCAUGCCAGGGCUUUCUGCAGAUGGGAUCAAAUGCGACACACAAGUGAAAGGCUUCUGCCAUUGUGUGUCUUUUCAGCCUCCACCCAUUAGGAACUACCACCCCACCCCACUAUUUUGGCCCAGAUCCCACGUUAUGCCCCCAAUCUGCCCCAAAGACACUAAAACUUCAAAAAUUCACCAAAAAUCAGCCCUUUGCCCAAUCCCCCUGAAAUUUGGGUGAUAGCCUCCACCCAUUGGGCACUACCACCCAACCCCACUCUUUUGGCCCCAGGACCCGUUUUUAAUCCAAAUCGAUUUGGAUUAAUUCGGAUCCGAAUCGAAUCAGGAGUGAUUCGGAUGGGCCAUAUUCGGAUACAAAACAGAACGGGGGUGUUUCGGUUCGGAUCCGAAUCGAAACACAUAAAAUCCGAAUUGCACACCCCUAGAUUGUACCCCAUUUGAGAAGGGGGGGAAAUAAAAAUUUAUGUUUGGUGUAGCGGUAAUAAAAUUGCAGUUUAUACCGAUACAGAUAUUGGAGUAUUACCAGCUGUUACUCUGCAUAGAAACUGAAAUAUUCACUUCCGGUGCUGGGGUCAAAAAGACCCCACAAUAUGCUGCUGUAACAAUGUAAUCACUCUUUAGAUCUAUUGAUGCUUAGAGCAGAAUUUCUUCCUUCCAUGUCUUGUGGAAAAGGAGCAUAGAGACUGAGUGCACAAUAUCUCUGCUGUAUUAGUAAUGCUAAUAAAACUGUAGAGACAAACGGACCCCAGUGCCUUCUUUGUUAUUGUACUCCUUCCCAUAAAACGUUGAAUAGUAAAUAAGGUGUUGAUUUUUUUACUUUCCAGUUGGUGUCAUGCCUAAUGCAACUGCCAGGUUUUCAAGUGUAUUAAUAACUCGGGGUGCUUGUUACUCCCAAAAUGGAUUGAUCCAGUACAUCCGUAGUAUCCUUGGGGUACUAUUUGCCCUCCAAACUGUUUGUUGAUAUAUUGAGAAAAGUGAGAACUAGGUCUAUUGCAAAUGUAGAAAAGAUAUUGUGUGUUCAGCUUUUAUGCCCCUGUCCCCCAAGAAAUGAAAGGAACAGGUUCUGGUCUAAGCAUCUGUAGACAUAAAGAGAGAUUACCUUAUUACAACAGCAUUUUGUGGGGUCGCUUUGAUCCCUGCACUGUGUAAGUGCAUAGUACUUUCUGUUUCCCAUGCAAUGCAAUAGGGGCUGGCAGUUUUAAACAACAUUACAAGAGGUGGUAGAUGAAACAUCACAAGGCACUUAACCUCACUAAGGUUGAGCCUGACCUGGAACAUGGAGUUUCAGAACACCAAAUACAACAUUUUAUGAUUUUACCUUAAGUUCCUAACUGGUGUAAGAUCCACUCUGAUUCCUUCCAAGGGUGGAAACAAGAACCAUGCUGUCAAUAGUUCUACAAGCCUAGCCCUUAUGAAGAACUCAGCACUCUGCAUUCAGUUGAAGAAACACGGUUGUGAACGUGGACAAGAGCCUGUUUGCAUGCCUGUUUGUCAGUGGGCUUUGAGCUAUUGAAAGAAUUUUGCCCUCCUCUGGUACAUGUUCUGAUUGAAUGUCCUGUUUUCAUUUGCUUUUGGAAGGUUUGUUUUUUUAAUAUGUUGAAUUGUGAUCUGGACCGCAUCUCAGAGCAUUUACAAUAAAAGUUUGUGUCUUGGAAUUUACUGGAAAAUGUCAGCUACAUCGCUUUCAAAUAAAAAUGGCAAGAAGAACUGA